UGUAAUCAGGCCUCGGUAACCCUAAUCGGCCUCCAUGUUCUCGUUGCGCCACAAACGCGCGGGUAGCAAUGACGUCGGGAAGCUUGGUCAGCAUGUAUCGACGCCUACGGCCAAAUUGUGAGGUGGUCCAGCAGCAACAGCCAUCUUCCAAGCAACCGCCUCCGCAGGGUUCUCUCGACACCCUCAGUAUUAUGCGUUUUCGGAAAAACCGGCCAGCGUGCGGCUUCGGUGGUGACUCUUGGAACUGCUGACGCUAGGUGAUGCCGCUGAGAAGUUAUCCAAAGUGCUAUUGAACAAGAUGGUUUCUGGAUUGAGCGGUUUGCGUUUGCAGUUACGACUGGCCUGGAUAAAGUUUUCAUGAGUUGGGGUCUCUGUUGAAUGGAAACAUUGGAUCAUUUCCCGAGCCUCCCCCUACUUGGUGGUCCUCGUGCCAAGGAAGACCAGUUGAUGGCCACCGUCCGAGUCAAUUUGCACCCACACCAACGAACGAGGCAAAGGCAAAUCCAUCAGCACAAUGCUCAGGAAAGGGCCCGGGCUCCUAGCGCACGCUCCCGAACCGGUCGGGUGCGAUUCACAAACUGGGAACAGAGAGUUGAACCAUGUCCGCGGAACUGCAUAGUAAGCAUGCGAGAAGCAGUCCUGGACCAUGGCACAUCCUGCAGACAUCUUGGAUGUGACUGGGACGGGAGUUGCCCGUUAGGCGAUGGGGGAUUACCAAUGACGCGCCUCUCAACUCUAAAAAAAAACGAGUCGUCAGCUUCGAGUCAGAAAGAUGUACGGGAGGGCCUGUCCUUUCUCAACAACCGCUCGGGGCGCACGAUGUCUCGAAAUGAGCAAUGCAGAAUUCCGAGGCAUCACGCUGGCAAGUUUGUGAACAACUGAAAGGGCAAUAAUGAUAUUGAACAAUUGCAUUCAUUUUGCUGUUGAUCUCUUGGAAGACGGGGAAAGGGGGGCCUAUUUAAGAGGGUAUCAAAUUUGUUAUCGCUCACUACUUGAAUGCAAUACUUAGUUUCAUGAAUCGGGAUUUUGCCUCCCU